AUGCUGACCCACGCCGUACCACGACUUGAUGGCAUCAUCAGACAAAACGUGACCGGGGAACCGAUGGCAUCAUUACUUGGUGCCAACUACGGCCGGGGGCUGGGUGGGAAACAGCCAAGUCCAGGAACUCGACUACAGUACCGUAGUACGGUUGGCAGUGUGUGUGUGAGGGGGGCACUAGAGGCAAGAGGUAUGACAGAAGCGCUCAAGCGACCCGGGCUGUAUCACUGUGUACACACAAAGACUUGCAGUCGAAGAGAGGUGUGGACGAUGACCUUUAAUGGUCGCAGUCACACGGCGGCCUCGUGGGCUAGGGCGUGUAGCAGAUAUGCACCGGUGGAAAUAAACGUGCAGUGCAGCGCAGCCGGCGCGAUGUGGGAGGGAGCGGAUCGUGGAGAAAGGCGGGCGUCCGUGUCUACCUCCUACCUGGCACUUGCUACUUGCUACUACUUGCAGUCCCUCCACCUCCACCACCAAGCUGGCCAGAAUAGAUACUGCAGUUGA